UCCUUACAAAUUAAAUGUUUACAUCUACGAUCUUGACACAAAUAGUUUUUCAUGAUGGCGUGUCCUUUUUUAACAGAUCCAAUUGACAUCGGCGCACAAAUUGUAAGAAAAACCAUACGAUCUAAGCGUUUGUUCAAAGAUAGACAAAAUCCUCUAAGUUUUUCUGAAGAAUACAUUCAUGAGCGAUAUCACUUCUCGUCUCAUACUAUAGUAUACCUCGCGGAUCUCUUGACACCGACAUUGAGCAACGAUACACUCCGUAGCUGUGCACUCACAGUAAUGCAAACACUUUGCAUUGGUUUACAUUUUUUCGCGUGUGGAGAAUUUAUACAUACAGUCGGUGACGCUGAAAACUUGAGCAAAUCCACUGUUUGCAGAGCUAUACGGAGAGUUUACGUCGCGCUAGCGAAAAUUCUGGCUAGUUUCGUUAAGUUCCCAGGUCAUUCUUCUCUACAAGAAAUUAAAGACCGUUUUUAUAGAAUAGCAGGGCUACCUAAUGUUAUUGGUGCGUUGGACUGCACACACAUUCCAAUCAAAGCGCCUUCAGGCCCAGAGGCACCUGCUUAUACAAAUCAGAGGUCAUUUCACAGCAUAAAUGUGCAGAUGGUUUGUGAUUCGCAAUGUCUAAUCACAAACAUUGACGCAAAGUGGCCUGGAUCUGUGAAUGACUUCCACAUACUCAGAGAGAGUCCGCUGUACCGUCAGUUUCAGCAAGGUCGUUUCAAUGGCUGUCUUGUGGCUGACAAUGAAUACCCCUGUCUUCCGUUCAUGAUGACACCAUACCUGAAUCCUAAACCAGGCGCAGAGAGCUGCUUCAAUGAGGCACUGUACGAGACAAGAGCAUGCAUUAAGACAACAUUCACCAUGUUAAGGGCUCGAUUUGGUUGUUUGAAGGGUCUCCGGGUGUCGCCAGACAGAGCGUGUGACAUCAUAGUGGCGUGCGCGGUCCUGCAUAACAUCGCCAUGAUUCGCAAGGAGGCCCCACCCUGCAUCAACUGGAUGCCCAGCAAUAAGCCUGAGCCGCUUCACUGUGAUCAUCAAAAGGGAACCGCACUCAGGGAUGUCAUCGCUGCUCAGCUCUUUGCAUCUUCUAUGUCAUGCAGCCAAGUGUUAUGACGUGAGAUCAUAUUUUUAACCCCAAGAUCAAAGCGAGUAAGUGUUGACUCGCCCAAGUAACUGACCCAAAGCAACUACAGACUAAAGUGAUAUGCUCUUCAGAGAUCAGUUAAUGGUAUAUGAAUAAUCUGUUCACAUAUGUUUUGUUGAAAAAAGAACAUUUAUUCAAAAGGUGAAACUGAAAGAUUAGAAUAUCUGUAUAAAAGCAUGAUUCACUUCCAUUCCUUAUGGUUCAUGACUGAGAAGAGAAACACAGAUGAGCAUAAGUUAUGAACAAUUCCUAUUAAAAUUGGUUAAAUUAGAAACACGAGAACUGGAUUUUAAAGUGAUGUGGAAGUUUAGAGGUUAAGUCCAACAGGUAUCCAUUUUCUUUUUCCAAUACUGGAUUUUGAAUAAAUGUUUCCAAUAUUGGAUUUUAAAUCAA